AUGGAUCAACAGCAACCAACAACCGCAGCUGCACCUGCAACGGUGCCCGCUACUGCAGCGGUAACGACAGCACCUACCACCACAACACAAGCACCAAAGCCUAUCUCAGCACCUUUAACUAUAGCCGAUUUCAUUGAUGAUGACGAUGUUGUUGAGAUCCCCACUAUACAGAGCAAUCGCAAAAGUAACACGCUCCCUGUUUGGGGGAAUCAACAAACAAUGAACCUCAAUGGUUUGGUAUUAGAGAACGUAAAGGAAAGCUACUAUUAUAAGAACCAUUUGGUGGAGAUAGAUAGCGCACAACAGUUGCUCGAUGAAGUUUUCUAUAAGGUCAAACAUCUCGAACCAUGGGAAAAAGGAACCCGUAAAGUUCAGGGAAUGACAGGAAUGUGUGGCGGCGUUCGGGGUGUCGGAGCUGGUGGCGUCGUCAGUUCUGCAUUUUGUUUGCUUUAUAGAUUUUUCAAGGUUCGCCUCACAAGAAAGCAAUUGAUUUCUAUGAUCAACAGUCGGGUCUCACCAUACAUUCGCGGGUUGGGGUUUAUGUAUAUUCGGUACACCCAACCGCCAACGGACCUAUGGGAGUGGUUCGAACCAUAUUUGGAUGACGAAGAAGAGAUCGAUCCAAGAUCUGGUGGCGGAGAUGUCAUGACAUUCGGUCAAGUCGUAAGAAUUAUGCUCACUAAACUUGACUGGUACGGCACACUAUUCCCUCGAAUCCCAGUUCCUAUACAGAAGGAGAUCGAUGAAAAGUUCGCAGAACGAAAACGAGCAUUGUUAUUUGGUGAUGGACGUCUCGAGCCACGUGGUCGUGACAGGGACGACGAUCGGUCUGCACGCCGACGUUCUCGUUCUCCACGAGAUCGUAAACGUCCAAGCAGCUCCGAACGAAAGCGUGAAGAGAAACGCCCACGUCCCACACGAUGCGGUCACCACUUGCGCCACCACCACUGCACCAAACAUCGAAAGAAGUGCCCAGAAAAGGCAAAACGGGCACGCAUGGAAGCGGAAGGGAAACUUCAGGCAGAAGAAAAAGACAAGGAUGCAGCUAAAGAUAAAGAGUUGACGGAGGAAAGGGAGAACACUACGCCGAAGGAUUGA